AUGGAUCCAAAUCACUUCAAUCAACCCUUUGCUUUCAACCACCACCAGCAAUUCUAUAACAAUAAUCCUCAACAAACAAUCCUCACCGGUGACAACAUGCAUAAUAAUCUCACCGCCACCGGCAACUAUGGUGGUCUGCACCGGACUCCGGCUCCACCGUUCCGGCCACCGUCAACGACGAUGGAAGUGGCUGGGAACAACACUGCUCGUUUUCCACCACAACUUCCCAACAACACCAAGAAACAACGCAACUCGUUUUACAAGACCGGUCUCUGCAACAAAUUCCAACAGUAUGGCACGUGCCCGUACGGUGACACGUGCACGUUCGCCCAUGGUUUUGCUGAGCUUCGCAAACCAAACCCGAACCCGAACCCAAACCCAAACCGAAACUCGAACUCGGGCUUGUGUUUCAGUUUCAUGAGAACUGGGUUUUGCAGUAAUGGGAACACUUGCCGGUACUCACAUAUGAGACCGCAGCCUGAUUUUGCUCCUAGAGUUCCUUUUAACCCACGGCCUUCUUUGAUGAUGAAUCAUGCUCAUCCUCUUACAAGUGGUGAGGCUGUUGUGGUUCCAAUGGGCAUUCAAAACACUGGUGUGAGUACUAUGAAUAUCAAUCCAAAUCCAAGUACAGAGAUCAAGAAUUCUUCAAAUCCGAGUAGAAAGAUCAAGAAUGGCGUUAAACGUAGUCUGCUGUUCAAGACUGGAAGGAAGAUAGUCAACAUCUAUGCAGAUUGGACACAUUAA